AAAAGCCCAGAAAGAGCCCAAAGGUUGUUAAAACGAACGAGAGAGAAAAGAAAGGGAUCCAUCCUUUUGUUCAGACGAUCUCCGGCGAGAAAAAGGAUGUACGUACGAGCGGUUCCGACGACGGAUGUGAAUCGGAACACGGAGUGGUUCACGUAUCCAGGAGUGUGGACGACUUACAUCCUCAUCCUCUUCUUCUCAUGGCUCCUCGUCCUCUCCGUCUUCCACUGCUCCCCUGGCAUCGCCUGGACCGUCGUCCACCUCGCCCAUUUCACCGUCACGUAUCAUUCCUUCCACUGGAAGAAGGGAACGCCGUUUGGGGAUGAUCAGGGAAUCUACAACCGGCUGACUUGGUGGGAGCAGAUUGACAACGGCAAGCAGCUCACUCGCAAUCGCAAGUUUCUCACCCUUGUUCCCGUUGUCUUGUACUUGAUAGCAUCUCACACAACAGACUAUCAGCACCCGAUGCUCUUCCUCAACACACUGGCCGUUUUUGUAAUGGUUGUCGCCAAAUUCCCUCACAUGCACAAGGUCCGCAUCUUUGGAAUCAAUGCAGACCAAUGAAACCCUUUAGCAAAGACAAAAAAAAAAAACAAUACCAGGCUAGGCUAGGUAUGUGUAUAAAAAAUGCAUUCGAUUUUUUUAGUAUUUUGGAAUCUGGAAUCCAAUCACCAAUGCCAACCGCUGAGGAAAUGCGUUAUAUGGGUCCUCCCAGUCCCAUCCCUUUCUCUUUUGUGGUAUCUUAACUUUCUUUUUAUUUGUAUUAUAUAUCCCAAAAAGCUGCUGGGUAAAAAGAGCUAGCAAUCUAGGAUUUGAAUGAAUAGUUUGGGCAUGCUGGUUCUAUGUAUACAACACUUCUUUUGGUUUUUUAGAUCAUUCAUUAUAUUAAGAAUUAUAUGAUUAUUCAUUGUUAAGAUGUGAAAUCCAGAGAAUUAAUUCUUGAGA